AUGAAGUCGAUCUUGAUAAUUGCUGCCCUCUUUAUUGCUCAAUAUUGUAAGUCAUCGUACUUAGACUGAUACGACUCUUAAGCCAUUUUCUUAUCGGCCUGUAAAAAUGUCAAAACUGACCUCUAUUCCUAAAUUCUUUUAUAAUUUCAGACGCUUUCACAAUUCCCCUUCCCUUUGGCGGUAUCAAUAUUGAUAAGAACGAGCGAGGAGAGACUUCCGUUGACACUUUUAGCAACCUCAAUUUCUUUGGCUACGGUGCCAACACCGGCCUCAAGGUCAAGGGCGGAAAUGGAGGAUUGACGUUGGAACGUGAGUAAAAAUCAUAAGUUUUUGCGGAUUGAUAAGGUGACAAAACAAGGGAAAUGCUGAGUAAUAUUGACUAGGAUCUCCAAAUCAAUUUUUAACACCAAAAAAUUUCCGGAUUACGGUAGAAAAACGCUUGAAAAUUCAUUUAAAACAGUAAUAUAAAUUUUUCAGCCAGAAAUGAAAUCUUGGUGAAAAACAAAAACUAUGGAGUCAACUCGACCUUCGGAUUCGAAAAGCAAAAGGGAAUUGCCAUCGACAGUGACGUCAGCGCCGGAGACAAUACCUUCCAUGUAAGUUGUGGGGCAAAAGGCGGUUGUCAAACUGCGAUAAGCCAUUUUAGUAUGAUCCGGUAAAUGUAUUGGCAAUUCGCCAAAAAAAAAAGACUUGCAAAAAACUUUUUGUCAGAGAAGGAAUGGGGAAUUUUCGGGGCGAAAGAGUACGUUUUGCACCUCUUUUCUCUGACUUCUCAGUGAAAUCAAGGCGGAGUGUACAAAACCGAUAUCGAGGGGACUAUUCCGGUCAUCGAACUCCUCAUUUUUACGUGUGGCAGUCUUUGCAUUUUAUGACCACAAGUGCCAUUUGCCAAAAUAUACCAAAUUUAUAGCUCCCACUCUUUAGAACACGUCGAGAUUUUUUAUUAAAAAUUAUACAGCUUGAGCUCUUUCUGAAGCUUUAAGGGGUAUAAAUUUAAAGCUGAAUGAUUAGUGAGGGGUACAACAUCUCCGAAAACGAUUAUAUAUAUUUUGAUCAUAAAACACAAAGCCUUAAAAUAUAAACUUAAUUCGAACUACCAAGCGUCUGAUUGAUGAGAAAUUGUUUCAAAAUUUGGGCUCUACUCUGUCUAGGCGUCAAAAACACUUUGACCGAUAUUUUUGUUCUUUUUAUAUUUUGUUGACAUUUGCGAGCUAUCAAGACCUUUUAAUUAGCAAGUACAUUCGUCCUAACAGUUAGAAUUGAUCUCUGCAUUUGUUUCGAGCCUUUCAUUAUUAAAAUUUCCGACACAUUUGCAAGCUACAGUAAAAUCGGUGGAGUCAUCGUCUAUUUUAAAUAAUUGAUUCCCAAACAAAAGGUCGAUUCUAUUUCCUAAACACAAAAUUUCCGUUUAUAGUUACCAUCACCAUCAACAAUUCAGAGCUUUACACUCGAAAAAAAUUUAUCGGAAAAACAAAUACUUUUUACACUCAAAAAAAAGAAGCGUCACUCAUCGACAGACACCUGUUUACGAUUUCCAAUGCAUGAGUGGCGAAAUCAAUUGGGCAGAUUGGACGCAAGGUCGGAUAAAGCAGUAUAGUAUCACCCACAUAGUUGAAUAUUAAAGCAGAAGGGAACAGGGAUGCAAAUGUGGAAAUGUUAGUGGUGGUGAAAGGAAGUACCGGGGAUAGCGAACAUUUUUUGGAAAAAACAGAAACUAUUUUUACACUCUUUAAAAAUUUAUGGUCGGUUUGUAAUGAAAGGUGAUGAAUUUAGCCCACAUCAUUGGCCUAUGCCAAACAUGGAAUCCCCAGAAUUUUGCCAAAAAAUUGUAGGCAAAAUCGAGAUAGUUCAAUUGAUUUCUCACUCCAAAAAUUGCUCAAAUCCACAUAUAUAAAUACAUAUAUAAAUAUGAAAAAUUUCUCUCAUGACUAUUCAUUUUCAGGGAGGUCUCGGCAAAGAGAAUCGUUUCAUCAACGAGAUUGGCCAAGCCGCGCAGCAAAAGGCCGCACAACGCAAACCUCUUCCGCCUUCAGUCGGCACCACUCAAUAG